CAAGUACAGCAGCAAGAUAACAUAGUUCCAUUUACGACUUGCAUCUAUUUAUGGCCUUCUCCAUGAUCCUCCAUCCUUCGUCGUCGUCUUCCUGCUCCUCAUUCGGUGGCAAAAGCUCCAUAAGCCGCCAUGGCGAUCAGAAACCAGUGCUUCAAUGCUGCCUGGAGGAAAAACAUGCCCAGAAGCUGAAGGAGGCAAAGCAUUUGUUCACGAAGAGGAAGCAAUCUCGUCCUGUAGAGAGCUUAGUAAUGGUCGAUGCCGUCCAGCGACUUGGCAUCGACCACCAUUUCCAGGAAGACAUCGAAGCUGUUCUUGACGAUGAGUUCAUCAGCAGCCGAGAAGAUGGUCUUUCCGAGGUUUCCUUGAGCUUUCGAUUGUUAAGGCAACAAGGUCAUGCCAUCACCUCUGAUGUGUUCAACAAGUUCAAGAAUCGGGAAGGGAAGUUCGUGUCGAGGUUAGGACAUCAGAACGUGGAGGCACUAAUGCAACUCUACGAGGCUUCCCAAUGGGUCACCCCCGGGGAAGAAAUACUGCACGAAGCUGGGGAAUUUAGCGCCCGCCGGCUGCGUUCAUGGUUAGGUGGCGACCGGUGGUCGCAAUAUGAUCCCAUGGGACAUUUAGCGACGAGGGAGUUGGUCGCUAAUACGCUGAAGCAUCCUUACCACAGGAGCAUACCGAGGCUGGCGAUUAAAGACUACCUGAGUAGUUUCAGGGGAACAUUAAUCACAAACAAGGAGCAGGGUUACUUUGUGGAGACUCUCAAGGAUCUGGCGAUGUUGGAUUGCAAAAUGAACCAGGUGGUUCAUCAGAAAGAACUUGGCCAGCUUUCCAGGUGGUGGGACGAGGUUGGUUUGGCAGCGAAUGUUGGGAGAGAUCAGCUGUUGGUUAAAGCCAGCGCGUGGCCAAUGGCAACCCUAGCAGGAUCUGAAUUCUCUGAGCACAGGGUAGAUCUUGCCAAAAUCAUCGCCUUAGUUUACCUCAUUGACGACAUCUUCGACACCUAUGGAUCGCUGGAAGAGCUCACCCUCUUCACAGAAGCUGUUACUAGAUGGGACACUGAAACGGUAGAUAAAUUACCAGAGUGCAUGAGGACGUGCUUCAUGGCCGUCUAUCAUACGACUAAUCAGAUCGGAUACCAAGUGUACAGAAAACAUGGAUGGAAUCCGAUGCAUUCGCUUAAACAGGCGUGGGCAAAAUUGUUCGAAGCAUUUCUAGUGGAAGCGAAGUGGCUGAGAACGGAAGAGUGUCCAAAGUCAGACGACUACCUCGAGACUGGAAUCGUGACUUCUGGAGUGCCAUUGCUGCUGGUUCACUUCUUCUUCAUGUUGGGCUUGGGCCUAACGGAACAAAACGUGGGCCUCGUGGACAGCGACGAACCGCCGUUGAUAUCAUCCGUUGCCAAAAUUCUGCGCCUGUCCGACGACCUUUCCUCCAUGUACGAGGAACACGUUGGAUACGACGGCUCUUACGUGGAUUGCUACUUGAAGGAGAAUCCUGGUUUGUCGGUCCAUGAAGCCACGAAGCAUGUGAUGGAAAUGAUUGAACACACGUGGCAGCAACUCAACCAUGAGUAUCUGUCUCCGGCGAUACCUUUCCCGACGGCUUUUGCUAGGGCCGUCGUUGUUUCUGCCAAAAUGGUGCCUUUGAUGUAUGAAAAUGGACUUGAUGAUGAUAAGGAGGAGUACUCUAAUAUUGAUAGCCUUCCAAGCCAGCUGCGAGAGUAUCAUAUCCAGCCUGCUUCUGUUUGAAAGCAACUCUCGAGUUAUAUAUAUAUAUAUAGUAUCUUAUAACAAUUCGAAUUAUUGGUACCAAUUGUUUCUUGACAUAAUAUUAGAGUUGGUUUAAUCAUGAUCAUGCAUGUGAUCAAAUUCCCGCGUCCACAAAUCUUAGUAAUUGAUUUGAAUCACAUGGCAUGGCGUGGAUUUGUGCAAAUUUCAUCCCUAUCAGUUGACUUUCGUUUGAAAAAGCGUUUAAGGAAGUGAUUAAGAUCCAUACAUAUGAGCCUCUUUCUACACCUUGGGUUAUUAAAUCAUUUCAUUUAUG